CGUGAUAUGCCCCUCCGCUCGAAGCUGAACCACGGAAUAGUACUAUCGCCCGAUGGCAAAACACUCUAUGCCUCAACAGUCGACAAGGUCUACGCCUGGUCAUACGAUGCCAUAGAAGGAGUCGUCAAUGACCCCAAUAGAACGCUCGUCGCGAACAUGAGCAACACUGGCCAUACGACGCGAACUUUACUACUAUCCAACAAGAAACCGGGCAUCAUAUGGGUAUCAAGGGGUAGUGCGGCUAAUAUCGACCAAGAUGCCGCCAGGCAAGAAACCGGCCACUCUCAGCUCCGUGCUUUCGACAUUGGCGACCUUGGCGAGAACUAGCAGCCAUUCGACU